UGUGGUGGGGUCGAACUGGUCGGGGUUAUGCAACUGACAAAGAUGGGGAAAUAUGUGGUGGCCUUUGCAGGAGAUGAGUGGAGUGGAGCGGGCAGUUGUGGUUACGAGCUUCAAAUUUGUUUCGGUAAUUGUCUGGGGAUUAGGGUUUGAGGCUUAAUUAGCACGACAUUCGGUUUGAUUUGGUUUUGGAUAAGCUGAAUCUCAUCCUCUUCAUGAACGCCUUCUUCGGAGGCAUUCAUUUCGGGGCGGGAAAAGAAUGAUUUCGUCGGCGUCUUGCUCGUUCACCUCCACUCUCCCUCCCGUUUCGCGGCGUGGUCGGUGCGUUGGCCACCGCCGCCGGUGGUUUCGAUCUCCUGGCGCUAAUCAAUUUGUAGUAUUUUUUCCGACUUCCGUUCCACAAUAUGUAUCAUGCUGUAAAUCAAAAUUCAGUUCGCUGCUUUCCUCCUCGAGUUCGAUUAAAAAAGUGCACUGCGUCCGAGGGACGGCUGUGAGUUUGGCCGAAGAAGGCAAUGGCGAAGAAGAAUUUCAAGUGGUAACGGCCAUUAGAAGCAAUUACAACGACAUAGUGAUCCUGGACACUCCACAAGGCAGAAUGUUACUUCUCGAUUCCACCAAUAAUGUUCACAGCAUCUUUAACAGGGGACAAAAAUGGACUGGUUCAUAUUGGGAUGAGUUUGCUAGCUUGCCUGCUAUUGUACCACAAGGCCCUAUUGCAAUCCUUGGUUUGGGUGGAGGAACAGCUGCUCAUUUGAUGCUUGAUAUAUGGCCUUCAUUAGAUCUUGAAGGUUGGGAAAUUGAUGAAGUUCUCAUUGAUAAAGCUAGGGAAUAUAUGGGACUGCUGGAUCUUGAGAAGCGUACGGUGGCUGAUGGAAUUCUUCAUGUUAACAUUGGUGAUGCGUUUUCUCCAUCAGUCAAUGUUCCAGGAGGGUAUGCUGGCCUCGUGAUUGAUUUGUUUUCUGGUGGAAGAGUUUUGCCACAGUUGCAAGAGGUUGCAACUUGGUUGGAAUUGCAUGCCAAGUUGAUGCCAAAUGGACGUAUCAUGGUGAAUUGCGGGGCUGCUAAUGAUGGCACAUCCAAUUCAGUUCCCCCUGAAGUUUCAUCAAUUGAUGACACCUGGGUACAGAAUUCUACCAUCAGGGCACUAUGCCAAGCAUUUCCUGGACAAGUAAACUGGAAGAAAUUGCAAAAAGAAGAAGGAGACAACUGUCUUGCCCUCACAGGGCCUUUGCCAGAUUUGACUAGAUGGUCUGCUGUUCUCCCAGAUCGGUUGAGCUUGGCUGUCAAGCAAUGGAGGCCUUGUUUCCCUCUAUGACUUUCCCACAGAACCAUCACUAUUUAGUGUUGCCAGCCCUUUUGUAUUCUGUGGCUGUGCAGUCCAAUUUGAGGUCAGCUUGAUGAACCAUCACAGACCACUAGACACAGUUAUUUCUGUGCAGAAAAAUUCCUUUCUUGGAUGGGCGCUUCUGUAACCACAUGGGUUUUAGGAACCGGGCGACAUGGCUUUUUGUGAUUGGUCUAAUAAAUUUAAAUGUUAAAUGUUAAAAA